GCAUUAAAGUUGGCAUUUCGAAUCAGUAAUAUCGUAUCGCCUGCGACAGUCACUCAUACAAACCGUACAUACAUUAUGUGAAAAAUGAUUGCAAGCGAAGAUUUUUUCAUAAAAUUCCUGCGAAUUGUAUUUUUGUUUUCGUCUGUCGUUACCGUUGGUGAGAAAGCAUUUCAGGCCUGCAAGAAUUACGCGCAAACCAUGUUGGAAUGUCAUAACAUUUUAUAUCCUUCCGCAAGAGUAAGAGUGCCUAUAGACUUUUUAUUGUAUCCUCAUAUGGUAUUAAUUGGAUUCCGAAAGAAUGACACUGAGCAAGUAGCGUGGAAGUGUGGGGGUACUUUGAUUAGUAACAAGUGGGUUUUGACUGCAGCCCAUUGCGCUCACGACCCUGCUAGUGGACCUGCAAGUAUACUGAGAUUGGGUACAGCGACCUUUGAAUUUGACGAAUUGGAAGAAUUAGCUCAGGAAAGGGUUGUAGGUGAAGUGAUAUCUCAUCCUGAGUACAAACCGCCUUCGAAAUAUAAUGAUAUUGCAUUAAUGAGUGCUGAACCACCUUUUGUACUGAGUCGAGAUAUAAGGGUUGCCUGCUUACAGUUAGACGACGAAGUAAAAUAUAAGAAUUUGACAGCGAUAGGUUUUGGAGUUACUGCAUCUGGUGCUAGGUCAGGUAGUCAAACAUUGAUGAAAGUGGACGUUGAUAUUAUAGAAAAUGCUGUAUGUAACAGAUCUAUGAAAUCGAUGAUUAAAAGAAAAGUAUUAGCAAGAGGUAUAAUACCGGAUCAGCUGUGUGCUGGUGAUUACGUUCACGGUGGUAGGGACACUUGUCAAGGAGAUUCCGGUGGGCCAUUACAGUACAUGGAGGAUAGAGUGGAUUGUGUCAACACAUUUCCUUUGCACAAAGUUAUUGGUGUAACUUCAUUUGGUAAAGACUGCGGUAGGAAAAUGGCUCCUGGUGUUUAUACAAGAGUUUCUAAGUAUAUAGACUGGAUUGAAGGCAUUGUUUGGCCAUGAAUAGGAACUUGAUGUUUUUUAUUUAAAAAAUAAUAUAACG